AUCGCCGACAGCGGGCAAACAGUUGCCGAUCCGCCAGCACAAAGUGCAGUACUCUGUCCGCAGAAUUAUUCCAUUAAAACAGAAUGUCGGCGAUCGGAAAGAUCGGAUUCCUGGGGGGUGGCAAUAUGGCCAAGGCUUUGGCCAAAGGGUUCCUAGCAGCAGGCCUUGCCAAGCCCAGCACCCUGAUAGCCAGUGUCCAUCCGGCGGAUAAGCUCUCCCUGCAGUCCUUUCAAUCCCUGGGCGUGGAGACAGUGGUUAAAAAUGAACCCGUUGUCCAGCAAUCGGAUGUGGUCUUUGUGUCGGUGAAACCUCAAGUGGUUCCCUCGGUUCUAUCGGAGAUUCAGCCCCUUAGUUCCGGCAAACUAUUUCUAUCCGUGGCCAUGGGCAUCACGUUGUCCACCAUCGAAUCCAGUUUAUCUCCGCAGGCGCGUGUGAUCCGCGUGAUGCCCAAUCUGCCGGCAGUGGUUUGCUCAGGCUGUUCGGUUUUUGUGCGGGGAUCCCAGGCCACCGAUGCCGAUGCAGAGGUCACCCAGAAACUGCUGCAAUCCGUGGGCACUUGUGAGGCGGUGGAUGAAUCGCAGUUGGACGUAGUCACUGCUCUCAGUGGCAGCGGACCGGCCUAUGUGUUCGUGAUGAUCGAGGCCCUGGCGGACGGAGCCGUACACAUGGGAAUGCCCAGGGAUCUGGCCUACCGCCUGGCAUCACAAACCGUCCUGGGCGCUGGUCACAUGGUGCGCGACAGUGGCCUGCAUCCCGGACAGCUAAAGGAUGGGGUCACAAGUCCGGCGGGUUCGACGGCAGCAGCCCUCAGACAACUCGAGCUGUCAGGUUUUCGGGCGGCUGUGUCUGGAGCGGUGGAACAAGCUACGCUGCGAUGCCGGCAAAUCUCGGGCAAGAAAGCGUAGGCACAUAGGUUUCCAAAUAUACAUUAGGGUGGGUCUAUUUUGUUAUCAAACUAAUCGUAGCUUUA